GGUUUUGUGUUUUUUUUCUCUAAGGAUUUGGGUUUAGGACCGCACAGUGGCCGGGUUAAGGACCAGGACGGAUGAUGCGUAUUGCGCCGCGCCUCUUCCAUGAAAGAGUCGUCUCUCCGCAGCAGAGAUGGGCGCCCUUCCUGGACUCUCACCUUCCUACGGGCCCCGGGGGGACCUCUGCCGCCGCGCCGCGCUGCUCCUACCUGUAGUGGCGACUGCGCUCCAGCUUUGCGCCGCUUUUAACCUGGACGCGGAGGGACGCGCAGUUUUCACGGGACCGCAGGGGAGUUAUUUCGGAUAUUCUGUGGAAUUCUUCGGUAACUCAUCCAGUAUCAGUAUCCUGAUUGGAGCUCCUAAAGCCAACACCAGCCAGCUGAACAUUACAGAAGGAGGAGCGGUGUACCAGUGCUCCUGGAGCCAGAAUAACUGCCGCGCAGUCAGCUUUGACCAGCAAGGUGACCGAUAUUUCUACAUAAAUGAUGUGAACACUCAAGUUGAGUUCAAGUCCCAUCAGUGGUUUGGAGCUGUUGUGCGUUCCCAUGGUAGCAGCAUCCUGGCUUGUGCUCCCAGGUAUUACUGGAGGACAGAACAUGAAACACCUUUUUCUGACAUUACAGGAACCUGCUACCUCUCUGUUGAUGGUCUCAGAACCUUUGUGGAGUACGCCCCAUGCAGAACAGAAAGACAUGGCCCUGCUGGACAGGGCUAUUGUCAGGGUGGAUUCAGCGCUGAUUUUACCAAGGAUGGACGGGUUGUUCUUGGAGGGCCUGGUAGCUUUUACUGGCAAGGUCAGCUGAUCUCAGCUACCACAGAGGAGAUUGUUAAGGCGUAUUAUCCCUCCUACUUCCUGCUGUCGGUCGCCGGGCAGAUUCAGACCCAGCAGGUCCAGGGGAGCUAUGAUGACAGUUAUCUUGGUUAUUCUGUGACCAGUGGCGAGUUCAGUGGUGACGAAGAGGAAGAUUUCAUCACAGGAGUUCCUAAAGGACUAAUGCUGCAUGGUUUAGUUUCCAUUUUAAGUGGAAAGGAUCUAAAAUCUGUACUGAACCUGACCGGGGAUCAGAUGGGGUCCUACUAUGGCUACGCGGUGGCGGCCACUGACAUCAACAACGACGGUUUUGAUGACCUCGUUGUUGGUGCUCCAACAUUCAUGCGCCCCGGGCUCAACGGGCGCCUGGAGGAGCUGGGGAAGGUGUACGUUUACCUCCAGAGGGGCCCGCUGCAUCUGGAGCCAGCUCAAACCCAUCUCCUGGGCUCCGAGGUGUUUGGUCGUUUUGGCACCUCUCUGGCUCCUCUGGGUGAUCUCAACCAGGAUGGCUUCAAUGACCUGGCUAUCGGCUGUCCCUAUGGAGGGGAGAACCAGCAGGGCUUGGUUUUCAUCCAUAAUGGUCACGCUGGAGGCCUGAUGGACGUGCCUACUCAGGUUCUGUCCGGCCAAUGGGCUUCAGGCUCAUUCCCUGCUGGUUUUGGCUUUAGCCUGCGAGGCAACAGGGAUGUUGAUCAGAACGGAUACCCAGAUCUGAUUGUUGGUGCGUUUGGUUUGGAUAAGGCUGUGCUUUACAGGGCGCGGCCAAUCGUGAGAGCCAGCGCCUCUCUAUCAGUGGAACCAACCAUGUUCAACCCGGAGGAGAAGAGCUGUUCGCUGAUCACAGACGACAGAAACGUCUCCGUUUCCUGUGUCAGCACCAGGUUCUGCCUGGAGGCUGAUGGGAAGCACCUCCCCUCUCUUUUAGGCUUCCAGGUGGAGGUGCAGCUAGACGGCAAAAAGCGGAACCAGAAGGAGUCUGUCAGGAGGACGUUGUUCCUGGAGAGCCAGCAGCCCACCCUGCUGAAGACCUUAAGGCUCACAAACGGCGAAAUGUUCUGCCAUGAAGCCAAGAUCUACCUGCGGGCCGAGGAGGAGUUUCGGGAUAAACUCUCUCCCAUUGACAUCAGCCUGAACUUCAGUCUGGAUCCUCUGGCACCAGAUCAACACGGCCUCAGUCCCAUCCUGAAUUACCAGACAGAGCAGCGCGUAGAGCAGAAGGCCCAGAUCCAGCUGGACUGCGGGGAGGACAACAUUUGUGUCCCUGACCUUAAACUGGCUGUUAUUAGUGAUAAAACAGAAGUCUACCUGGGAGAUGAAAACACCUUGAGCUUGAUCUUCAAUGCCAGGAAUGAGGGAGAGGGCGGGGCUUAUGAGGCGGAGCUCUACGUGGUCCUGCCCCCAGAAGCCGACUACAGCGGUAUUGCGCGAAACAAUGGGAGUCUUUCUCAGCUAACAUGCAGCUACGAAGCCCAUAACCAGACCCGAUAUCUUUUGUGCGAUCUGGGAAACCCCAUGAAGUCUGGCACCAGUCUAUGGGCCGGCCUUCGAUUCACUGUGCCGAGACUCACAGAUGAGAAUAACGUUGUCCAGUUCCAGCUCCAAAUACGAAGUAAAAACUUCAAUAACUCAGAGAGUAACGAGGUGCUGCUGGAGGUGCAGGUUGCUGCCAAGGCUGCUGUGAUCCUGCAGGGGGUUUCUCGGCCGGACAAAAUCAUCUUCCCUCCUCCCAACUGGACGGCUCAUCCGAUUCUAGGGGUGGAGCAGGACGUUGGCCCCGAGCUUCAGCAGGUUUACGAGUUGGUGAAUAAUGGCCCCAGUGUGGUUAGUCAGACAACGUUAGAGGUGAGAUGUCCCCUGAGGGCCCGUGGCCACGCUCUGCUCUACCCUGUGGAGGUGAUCUCUGUGGGCCCACUCAGCUGCUCCUCAAAAACAACCUUUAAUGCACUGAAACUCAAGCUUCAGGCUCCAGCAUCUCAAGGUCCUGCUGCCCUAAACUCCACCGCUGAGCAUCAGGUCUGGAGGAGGGAGGUGAUCAGGGAGCCUCUGGCUGAUCAAGGAAACCUGACGUGCAGCUCAGUGGAAUGCUGGAUGCUCCGCUGUGAUGUUGACCGGCUGGAGAAAGGAAGCAGCGUCAUCCUGACUGUACGCUCCAGACUCUGGGCUGAAACCUUCAUGGAGCGCCCGUACAAGCAGCACGUUCUGGAAUGUUCUGUUCACUAUGAAGUCAAAAAGAUGCCGUAUUCCAUACUUCCCAAAUCAAAGCCAUCCGGAUCAAACAAGGUGGUGGCGUCUGUGAUAUGGAGUAGGCCGGACAACCAGUUCUCCAUUCCAGUGUGGAUCAUCAUCCUGGCUGUUUUAGUUGGCCUGAUGCUGCUGGCAGUGCUGAUAUAUCUGCUGUACAAGAUGGGCUUUUUUAAAAGGUCGGAUCCGUACGGAACAACCAUGGAGAAGGCCCACCUCAAACCCCAGGCUUCCUCUGAAGCUUAGAUCCAACAAGGAGUUUCUCCUGCUUCGGCUGUUCUACAGGAAUGGAAAAAUCAGCUUCUUUCAGAACAACAGAUGAAACUCUCUGAUCUUAAGCUAAGCCCCCCCCCCACAACUUGUGCAGGGUUACGUAUAGGUACUGGAUCACUGGAAUAAUGAUUAUCUGGUGCUGCACUAUAAUUAAAUAAGCAGAGGAUGUGGCUGGGGCCAUGCAGACGGAGGAGUAAUGCUGUUUUGGACAGCAAAAAAUACACCUCCCACAGACGCACCAAAGCUCAGGCUCCACUUCAUUCCCCACACAUUGACUUAUUUGCCAAGAUAACCCCCCCGAUAUUUUUGACAACCAGUUGAAACGUCCAGCCUUUUGUUGAUCUAAAAACCUCUUGUUAUUUAUGGCAGUGUUUUUUUCUAUUGCUGAAUGUUAUUCUGUACUGUCUACAGGAAAGACCUGAUCAAACUGCAAUGUCCGACUUGAAUCAUUCUCCCAUAUUGGGAGGAUUUAUGUGUUUGAUGCCAUGUAUGCACUGUGUUGACCUAAUUGGAAUUGGUGUCAUGGCUCUGAAUAAAGCUGAAUUUAGUGUAAUCACCCUAAAACGGCUCUGUG